AAUCGGCCAGGAUGGAAUGCCGCCUGCUGAUGGAUGCGUGUGUAGAGUCAUGUAAAGCUCCUGGCGUGCCAUCUUCACCACGAAGUCAAGAAGAAGGAGAUGUUCUUCCGCCUGAGAGGUCGGAUCAUCACGCGGGUGCACCUCGUGGGUUGGAUCACAAGUGUUCAACCCAAGGUCGAUCGAGUGGAGUACACGCUUGAUGACGGAAGCGGAGAAGUGAAUUUGGUCAAAUGGGAUGGAGCGCACACGAACGUGCUUGCAUUGGGUGAUUUGGUGCGCAUUCAGGGCAAGCUCAAGCACUCGAACUGGUCCGAAUUGGUCGAAGUCACGAUCUCCAAAGCAACGACGGUGAUGGACCCGAACGAAGAAGUUCUGCAUUGGAUGGAAGUGCGACAUCUCUUUCAGGCGGUGUACUCGAUUCCUUGCGAGCACGCACCUCCCCACAUUGAGCGCGAAGAACGACUGGCGCAAGCGUUUCUUCGCCAAGUGUUUCUAGGAAGCCCCAGCAACGAGAUUCCCGUGCCAACGACCGAUGACGAGUUCUUCGCGUGCGCGGUGGCAUUGUAUCUGCAUCGCAGUCAGCACGACUGCCGUCCAAGCCAACCCAUUCGGUUUCGAUUUCACAACCUUGUUAAUAGCUCGGACGAGCUUCUGAAGGUCCCCCAUGGCAUCCAUCGGAUGUCGGCGUUCCGUCGGGCCUUCAACGUGCUUCGAAAAGCUGGGUUGUGCCAUCUAGAAGAUGCUGACAAUGACGUGUACUGCUUUGUCACGUUUCCGGUGGCGCUGCAACCGUGGAUCGUGGAUCUCCUGAACAGUGAGGGUGAUUCCUCUGUGUCGUAUGUGGUCUCCAAGGUAGUUCAGCUAAAGCUCUUCCGCCAUCUUCCUCUGGAUUGGAUCUCCGCUGGCAUCGACGGCCUGUGCCAUGCCCAUGUCGUCGUGCGCUCAGGGUCUCGCAUUUCGACGAAUAAAAAACAAUCCGGAUAGUUUGUCCAACAACCGGAUUGGAAAUCAGAA